AUGAAGUUUGGGGGGAGGGGAUGAUCCAGCUGAUGGUACUGCUGUACAAUUGGGAGUGGAAAAUCGAGUAUACGCCAAGGAGAUGGAGGGAAGGAGUGGUUGUGAACUUAUUUACGAAAGGAGACAAGACUGACACAGGAAACUACAGGGGGAUCACUGUUGAACACAUGGGAGUAUUGGAGAAGGAACAUAGCAUUAGUGAGGGCCAGGCAGGUUUCCGCAAGAAGAGGGGGUGCGUAGACCACGUGUUCACGGUAGGGAGAAUCAUCCAAGGUAGAAAGAGGGCGGGAAAGCCGACGUACUGCUNUAGUGAGGGCCAGGCAGGUUUCCGCGGGCAGAGGGGGUGCGUAGACCACGCAUUCAUGGCAGGGAGGAUCAUCCAAGAUAGAAAGAGGGCGGGAAAACCGACGUACUGCUUCUUCCUGGACGUGAAAAAGGCAUACGACACCGUAUGGAGAAAUGGGUUGUGGAAACAACUGUCCAAAUACGGGAUCAAGGGGAAAAUGUGGAGAGUGCUGAAGAAGAUGACAGAGUGUACGAAAAGCGCGGUCAUGCUAGACGGAGAACUGUCAAAAUUCUUCGACAUUGAGCAGGGGGUCCCACAAGGUUGCACGCUGUCCCCAACAUUGUUCCAGGUGUUCAUCAACGAUCUGUUGGAAGUCGUAGAGGCAGUCCGGAAGGGAGUAAAAGUAGGGGACACGGAAACGUCGGUUUCAGGAAUGCUGUUUGCGGAUGAUUUUGUCGGUAUGUCGGACACCCCUGAGGGACUGCAACUGCAAAUUGACGCGGCGAAGAAGUUUACUGAUAAGUGUAGAUUGUUUGCCAACGUUAAGAAGAGUGCCGUCAUGGUAUGCAUCGAGAACAAGGAGGAACCAGUAGAACAUAGAUGGAAGUGGGGGAUCGAGGAGAUUGCAGUAGUGGACCAGUACACAUACCUUGGAGUAGAGAUCGCAAAAGACUGCUCGUGGAAUGCACACAUGUCGAAGUAUCGCAUGUGCGGGAUGGGAGAGGAGANGUAUCCUAUUAAUAUGAUGCUCCAAGCGCACAAGACAGUAGACGACGAAGACGACGAGUUCAAAUGUGAUUGCGGCUUCGAAUGCGAAGACCGUGUUCAUGUAGUCGCGGAAUGUCUGUUGUACAACAAGGAGAGGGAAGUUGGGGGGCGCGUCUGGAGUUCGCUCAAGACUAACCUGUCCAAGCACACGUGCUGCUUUUCAGACUUCCGAUGGCCCGUGGACACGCCGGACUUUCCCUCGUCAGCACGGCUCAGGCAGUACAUCGAGGACUAUGCGGCACACUUCGACCUGGCGAAGCACGUCCGCUUCGGUGUUUUGGUCACAGCUGUUGUGCCCCGCCCCGCUGCCGAUGCGGGCUCUCCCCGAUGGAACAUCACCUUCACCUCAGCAACACAUGGCCGUUGCGCGGCAAGAGGAGACCAACGAACAACCGAUCCAAGCGUACCUACGCAGGAAGACGUAGUCCAGCGAACAGAGACGUUCGACAAAUGCAUCAUCGCAUCGGGAGUUUUCUCAGAACUUCACUUCCCACCGGUGGAGGGGAUCUCGGAGGCGGUGGAGCAAGGCUGGGCCACGCACGGCGCGGCCUACCGGGACCCUGGACUUUUCGCGGGGAAGUCGGUGCUCGUGGUGGGGUGUGCGUUCAGUGGGGCUGAGAUCGCCAGCGGUCGGUGCCUCGCCGCGACAGGGCGUCCGUCGAUCUUCCUACCCCGUUUCGUCGACAUCUAUGCCGCGAGAGGACCGCCGUCUUCUGCCAGUGUUCCUCAAGACGGAGCAGGAAACGUCGCUGCGAAACCAGGCAACGGCACCAGUACGGCUGGCGAUGGUGCUCUCCAAUCAGCGCACUCAGCAAGACGGCGAAGCGGGGAUAACUUAACCUCGACCAAACGUGGGGGCGGCAAACAUCCUGACAACCCCCGCUGCACGCAAGACACUCCUCCUCCUCUGGCUACCGCCAGCCCCAGGGUCCCGCUAGACCUUGCGCUGUAUUCUAGGCGGGCCAGAGCCGGCAGCAAGCUUGCGCCCGCGCUAGAGAAGCUAGAAAAAUCGCGGAAUUUUCUGGUGAAGCUGGCAGGAAGGGACCCAGGGGACGCGCACGAGGCGUUACGGCUAUCGCAGAGAAGCGAAAACAGACACGACUCGGAUUCCGGGUCUGUGCGCGUUGUGGUCUCCGACGACUUCCUCGACCGGGUGAGGAGAGUAGAGGCGAAUUGGGGAGAAGUAAGCCAUGCGUGUCGCCCUCCUCGUCGCGUGCUGCUCCGCGUGCAUUUCGAAAUGACUGGCCCUUUCUCAAAGGUUCGGGACGGCUGCGUCGAAAUUCGACAAAGGUUGGUUGCUCUAGACACCACGGAAAGAACGGUUCGAUUCUCGGAUGGUGACGUGGAGAAGGUGGACCAUAUGAUUUUUUGCACGGGGCUUCGCCCGAGUCUCGGAUUCCUGCCUGGAGACGUGCUGCGUCAGCUCGAACACGACAAAGGUGACCUCCUCCAGCCCCUGAUCCUCCACCUGCAGGCUUGGAACCCUUCCGUGCCCGACCUCGGUUUCGUCGGCGUGUACCGAGGCCCCUAUUUCGGGGUCAUGGAGCUCCAGGCGCGAUGGAUAACUCGCAUGUGGAGUGGUGCGGUUCCAAUGCCGACAGAGGCGGAGAGUGCAGCAGCGUUACAGGAGAGCCGGUCAGUAAGAACAGCGACACCCCGGCCUCAAUUUCCGACGGAUUACGUGGACAUGAUGGAAGGUCUCGCCGGGGUCGCCGGCUUGUUGCCAAGCAAUCGCAAAGACUUGUCGUCGUCGCCGUCGUCUGCAGUUUCCCCCGUCGACUGCCUGGGCGAGAAUGCCGAUUCGGCGGAAUUGGUGGCCAUGAUUCAGUCACAGCGCCCGUUGUCGGGUGCAAAAGGCACGACGGGACGGGAGGGGGCGUCGGAGGAAAGGGACGCGAUAGGCGCGCUUAACGAGCGGAUGUGGAGCGGGCCCCUCCUCCCCUGCCACUACCGCCUCCAACACCUUGACGCGCGGGUGUCGCCCUGCGAUACCAUGGACGUCGAGGGUAGUGCAAGGGCGGUUGAUUUCUCCAGCCGGGCGCACUGUACGACAAGCAGGCACGAGGUAAUGCGCGAGGCCAUCGCAGAGAUUGGAGAGGUCAACGCUAAAUUAGAGAGAGCGUACAGAGCUUGCACUUUCCAUGGGAAACGAUUUUUGGCAAGAACCCCGAGUGAAGUAACUGCUGUUGAACGACUCUUCAAAGUCUAGGCAGAUGGUGUAUGAAACUUAGCAGGUCGUGAAGCGGCCCAAAGGCAAAUGAGUUUUGAGGAAAACCAGUGCCACGCCGUACGACGGUGAACUCGGCAUCUUCAUUGAAACACGACGAUCGUUCCCGUACUCGUGUAUCUGAUGUAUCCCGCUGGAGUCAGGCGGACAUGCGUGUGUAUAUGAUGGAUGCGUGGAAACAAGUCUUAUGCCUGACGAUAUCGAUAUAAUCUGAACUGUACGUAUGUAGAUGUCGAGUGGCAAACAAAGAAGGACAGAGGCUAUUGCAAUGUGCACGUGCGACAUGAAUUCGAGUAUGUACCGCUGAAGGAACACACAGAACGGAGGGGAGA